UGCCCCCCCCCCCCCCCCCCCCGGAAUUGAAGAGAGGCUCUUCAGCUCUAUUAACUAACAGUGACUGCAUGGACCAGUCAAGGAGUGUAUUUAUUCCUUCAAAAAUGUAGUCCUGGUAAAUGCUUUGCCCUCUCCUGAGAAAUGAUGUGACGUGUGUGUGUGUGUGCGUGUGUGCGUGUGUGGGGGGGGGGAUCUCUCCAUCUUUAUUUGACAUUGGCCAAACAUGGUGUAGGUCGCUAAGGAAGCAGCGAAAUGCUGGUGUUUCACAUGCCCCAGUACUGGCGCAUAGACGGGACGGAUAUUCAAAAAGGAAUAGUAAAAACAAAAAUAAAAAUAAAAUGAACAAAAAUACUAAAAUAAUUGCACCACUAUAUAUGUGUAAUAUUCUAGUGAUGUAGCUUGGUAUGUUACAAUAUAUAGAUGUAAAAAAACAACAAAAAAAAAACAACAACAAGUGAAUCAUAUCCAAUCAAACCUGGUGACUUUUGCUGAUAAAUCCAGUGUGGUUUCACUGUGCCACAGACGAUUGGCUUCUCGGUCUUUCGCUGAUUCACUAGCCAUCUCUCAGGAUUCGUUUGGGCCUGGCUAAGCUGUCCAGGAGGGGAACUGGACAUAUUGUAGUACGCCGUGGCGUCUGUCUGUACAGACAGAACCGUUCGGGAUACGGCAUGCUUCACUGCCCUGUAAACGACAUUGUAUUUUUUAUCCUCGUCGUAUCCUAAGCGACUUCCUCGCGAUUUGUACAUAUAAUCAAUUUAUACGGAUGGGUAUUUCCUGAAGUAAUUCAACAAGAUUGUUCGAGGGUACAGUGGCAGGGUCCCACACGGGAAUCAAACCCGCAACCUCUGAGCAUUACACUACACUGGUGUAGAGGAGAGCUCUGUGCGGGCGCACGGUGGCCCUGCUAGUCCUCUCCCGUGUAGAGGACGGAAGUGAAGGCGAGUGGGGCACAGGUGUGUUUCGCUUGUUUCAAGCACGUCUCUCUUGCCCAGUUUCUCUCAGUACUGUACUGCUUGUAUAUUCACCUUUUUUUUUUUUUUUUUUCUUCUUGUUCAGCAUAUACCGAAGGUGGUUUUUUGAAGCUUACGGUUGUAAUAUAUGUAAUUGUGUGUAUGUGUCUCUGUAUAAAUGUAAAAAUGUGCUUUUCAGCAUUAAAAUGAUGCACCUUAUCUUUACCAAAUUAUAUCCCAUUUUAACCUAGAGACAUGGGAAAGAUUUGCUGCUCUUAUCUAUUUCAUAAUUGUAAUAAUUAUUAUUAUUAUUGAAGAAGUUGGACAUUUAGGUAACCUGUUAUGGAUUUAAAGGCAAAACCAUAGCAUUUCACCAUCAAAACACACAAGAAUGCUGAAUAUUUGUUGUGUGUUUGAUUACAAUAGAAAAAAACAUGCAUAUAUAGUAUGUGGCUCAAAUUAAGCUGAGAAUACAAAAACAAAAAGAAUUUGUCUGAACCUGAAGUAGAAUAUUGAAAAUUCAUUCAGAAUAAAAUAAUUUCAAAUUAUGCUGUUAAGGCAGCAAUUCGGCAAGAAUCUCUUAGUUUACAUUAAGAAGGUUUUUUUGCUGGACUAGACCAAAAAAUAGCUUGUGAAAAUUUGAGGUAGCUGGCUAACAGUUAGCGGUAUGAACCUUUCAGUGGUGAAGGUUGGCGCUUUCAACAUUCAGCCAUCCUGAAAAGAUGUAUUACAACAUUUUACCUUGACAAUAACUACCCAGAAAUGUUUUCAGGAUAGUGGUGUUGCAAUAAGUUCCAUUUGAAUACCCCUAAGGGAAUAAUAAUUUAUAUUUGUAUUAUUAUUUACUUUUGUGUAUAAAUCACUUUUGCUAGGGGGGUGAUCCAUGACUCCUGUCUUGUAGCGCCAACUUCUUACAUUGUUGUGUCAAUUUACACAGGUUCUGCUGUUGAAAUGUUGACAGCAUUAAUUCACAUUAUUAAUUGAAUCUAAUGCUGUUCUUAAACUCUUUAAAACUUUAAAAUGAGUAGGAACUCUAAAACUAGUCCUGGAGGGCUGCAGUGGUGUUUGUGAAGUUGUGGCACAUCAGUGAAUAAUUUACAUAAGUGAUUUGCAUGGCCUGAAUUGGCUGGCAAUUGAAAGAAAACCACACACACACACACACAAAAACCUUCAGACAUUCUGGCUCUCCAGGAGUGGAGUUUGAAGGUUUGCACCCUUGGGAUAGAGCAAUAACCUGAAAACAUUUUUGUUUCUAAUUAAGAAUGGUCUGAGAGGCUCGGUAAUCAGGAGGGUUGACUAGGGCAAAGUUUGAGGGAGAGUAGGGAGACCUCCUGGGAAAACGGAGCGCGUGUUUGUAGACGGGGUCUCACAAAAGCAUCCGCUGGAAGUCUAGGCACGUGCGUUUCUGUCUGUUCUUCGCUUUGUGUGGUCUGGACGGCAGCCCCACUUUCUUUCAUUUUACUACCUAUUACAUAAUACCUGCCAUGCAAACAACAUGAAAAGGAGCAGAAGAGGGAUUCUCUGCACAUGAAUGUGUACAUCAUUCUAGGACAUGCAUUAUUUUCAAAGCUUGGCACUGAACCUCCACGACUUGUAACAAGUGAAUAAAUUUGUUUUUAUUUUUACUUCUACUUCUAUGAAGGAAGCCCUCUUUGUGAUUAUAUAUAAAAUGCUGCGUGAGUGGAAAUGUACAUAUUCCUCAGCCCUACACAGGAUUUGAAGUGUCUGAUGAUGGUUUAAAGUCCUUUAUAACCUGAAGAUGUGAUUAAUCCUUUUUUUUUUUUGGAUGUUCACUUCAUCACCCUUCUUACACCCAACCCCCAUUUAUUAUGACCAGAUUUGAUUAUCCUUGUACGUCAUUGACACGAGAUGAAGAUGCUUUUUGUAUUGGUGGUUUGCUCUCGAUGGGUUUUCUAUCAUUUUAAGUUACCGCAUAUUAAAGUGUGAGUCUUGGGGCAGAUGCGACUUCUGACAUCUAGGCCUAACAAAAAGGUAUUGUAGCGAUUAAAGAUUCAGUUAGAGAUGCACAUGUGAGUAGAGCUUUGAGCUGUGUUAUUAUAGGCUUCUAACCUCUGUGGCUCGUAAUCAUGAUUCAGCUGUAACUAUAGCUAGGCUGAUGCCCGCCGCUGUGUUAGUGGUUAAGGAAUUGUGCUUUCCACAAAUCCUUCAUGGAGUUUUGCCCCUCAGAGUUAACAACUACAUUCUGUACAUGUUAGAGAAUAAUGGCUUCAGCUAUAUGCUGGUACUUCUGGGAAUCUUGGGGGAAAAUCCACAACUCUUGAUUUUGUCUUGAGCUUAAACAGAAAAGCAGGCUGGUAUGUAGGUCUUUGAUCUUAUUUUUUUUAUGUGUAUCUGUAUAUUUUUACCCAACAGAUUUACCAUCAGUCAAUUUAUAUUUAAGUACUCAUAAUAUUAAAAUCAAAAGUGGGGAAUGCAUGGAUUUGCAGUUUUUUGGCAAUUAUUCCCUUCAGUCUUUGCACUUUAUUUAAAUUUGUAUUUCAGCACUGUAUAUAGUACUUCAGAUAAAUCAUUUAUUGGUUCUUUGGUUUUCUUGCUGUAAAAAAAGGCUUGGUGGUGAAGCUGGUAUGUUUUUUAGGGCUUUUCUUGUUUGGCCUCAAUAUGACACCCACUUAUAUUUUAUUUACAUAUUUUACUAAAUAGUGUUUGUUCUUGAACAGAAAUCCAAUGUUGUGGAAAUGCUUUUUUGGAAUAAAUUUUUGUCAAUGUAAAUGGCUGAAUUUUCUUUUACGAACAACACGCACUAUGGUUACGUUUUCAUUUUAUUUUAACCGUGCAAGGAAAUACAUGCUCAUUACGAUUUUACGCAUUAAAAAAAUGCUCCUCAAAUUUACGCAAAUGGAGAUGGAAGUUCAGAGCCAAAUUAAAAGCUAUAAAUUAUCUCAAAGAAUAGUUUUUGAUGUAAAAUUUACUGGUUACAAAUGGUCAUCUGCCCCGUGAGUCCACCAGGUGUCGCUCUUUGCUUUUCCCCGUCAAAAAUUUUUACUCGUCAGUAAUACCAGAUUCAAAGAGCCUUAUUAUUUAAAGAAAUAUACGCCUUUUAAUACGGAAACAAAUCGGAUGCAAUAAUUUGGUAUCAAUGUGAUGUAAGCAUUACAGAACUGAAAUAAUGUUGCAGUCUUUGAGCUGGGUGUAGGAACAACAUCUGCUUUAAAACUGUUCAUUUUCAUUUUCUUUUAAGAUUUUUUUGACGUAGUUCAAAAUAAACGCUCGUUGCACAAAGAGGGUAUUGACAUUGCACUUUUUUGUUGCAACAAAACGCAUUCAAAUGUAUUGUGAUGUAACAUGCGGAUGUAACGUUCCCAAAUCCCAGUCGUAUUCGAGAUUGUAGUGACAGUGUUGCCCUGUUGUAGCCAAAGAGUUAACGGCGAUCGCUCAUGUGUUCUCUUCCUCCUGUGCGCCACCCCGUUCAGCCUACUUAAACAAACCGUUACACCUGCAUCUCACUGGUUAUUUCUCUCUCACACUCAACAGAAGCUCUUGAGUUGUGCAGAAAUGGCUUUGGUAGAUAAGGCAUGUGUAACGAAAUGCAAAGACUCCGAUUCCAAUUUCUCUGAAAUAAUUGAGCUAAAUGUAGGAGGGCAGGUUUACGUUACUCGACACACGACUUUAACCGCAGUUCCAGACACGCUUCUUUGGAACAUGUUUAGCCAGAAAACACCCAAGGAUCUUGCUCGAGACAGCAAAGGGCGAUACUUUCUGGACAGAGAUGGCUUUCUGUUCCGUUACAUUUUAGAUUACCUGCGGGACCUUAACCUUGUUUUGCCGGAUUACUUUCCGGAAAAAAGCAGGCUGCAGAGGGAAGCGGAGUUUUUCCAGCUUCAUGAUCUCUCCAAGCACCUGUGCCCGAAAGUGUGCAAGGAAGACUCCAUCGGUGAGGACAUUUCUCAGGGCGACCCGGAGGAGCCUGCGUUUCUGAGCUCAGCUGGGGGAUCCAUCACAAGCAUGGAAACGUUACGCCUGGCGCCGUCGAUCCGAAGCGCAAACCUUCGCUCUCCGUCCCUGGAGUCUCGAAGAUCAGGCUACAUCACCAUUGGAUACAGGGGCUCAUAUACAAUUGGAAGAGACAUUCAGACCGAUGCUAAAUUCAGGAGGGUAGCCAGGAUUACUGUGUGUGGGAAGACGUCCCUUGCAAAGGAAGUUUUUGGAGAUACCCUGAACGAGAGCAGGGACCCGGACAGACCCCCGGAGAGGUACACGUCCAGAUAUUACUUAAAGUUCAAUUUCCUGGAGCAAGCUUUCGAUAAACUGACCGAGGUCGGUUUCCACAUGGUAGCUUGCAGCUCCACGGGUACUUGCGCUUUCGCCAACAAUGAUCCCAGUGAGGACAAAGUCUGGACCAGCUAUACUGAGUAUGUGUUCUGUCGAGAGUAAUUUAUUGGAAGCCGAAUCACAGCUGUUGGUUGCAAAGAAACCCAGCCGGAAAACUUGUUUAUUGUCUUCUUGAAUAGCUGUAUAUGAUUAGCGUACACUGUGUGGCACCAUUAUCGCGUGAGCAUACAUCUAGCAUACCGGGAAUAUUAUCAAAAAUAGCUAGUUUCAUAAAUAGUUUCAAAACUUUUUUAAACAUUCGAAAACCGUUUUUUUUUGUUGCGCUUGAAACCAAUGUAAGGUUCGCACAUCCGAGUUUAGGCAUAUCAUAAAUAUCAGAAUGGUUUAAGUUCUGUGCUUUGCAUUAACUUUCAUUGUUUUAAAUUGACAUGAGAAAUAAAGCGAGUGAGGGUCAUAUUCACACCAAUUUCAUAUGAGCUUUAUUGCUAACAUUUGACGAUUUAGUAUGUCUCCCUCUACAACAGUUUGUAUUUUAAAUGUUGUAACAUAAGGAGUAGGCCUACUUUACUUGUAAGCGUACAAAAACAUUCAUAUGUGAUCUAAAUUAGGCGUCUCCAGGCGAUUAGAUGGUAUUUUAUUUUGGGGUUUGAGAAAAAAAGCCUACACCCUCACGGGCCUUUGUCGGAUAAGACUGGGUAUCCCUGCCCAAAAUAAGCAGCGAUAGCCACUCAUAUUGUAUGGUUUGGCAGAUUAGAGUGUGACGUGAACAAGCCAUGGACAGGUACACCUAUAGUAGUAGCUAUAGUUUACAGGCAGCUCUGUGUGGAACCCACACGCAUGCUAUUUUCUCCUUUUAAAAAUGAAAUGUUGUUCGACCAUAUUAACCAUUUAACAUUUUAGGUUACUACUGUAUGUAUAACAAUUUAUUCAUUUAUGUGUUGGAAUGCAGUUGUUCAACAUUGUAUGCAUUCGAACAAUAUAUGAAAUAAAGUCUUUUUUUUUGUUUUCUUUGUGAAAAUUAUUAAAGUUUUUGUAACAGUAUCAGUAAUAUUAAAUGACAUAUUUUAUUUCUA